AUGCUACCCACGUGACAGGCAAGUCUUGGCUCCGGGUUCCGCACACUGCACCUUCGCAAAACUCAUCUCGACCGCCCCCCAUCCUGUUACUUGAACCUCGUCAUCGAAGACAACGAAGUAUCCCAGUGACCAGAAGAUCUUGUCAAGAUGCAGAUCUUCGUCAAGACCCUCACGGGCAAGACCAUCACCCUUGAGGUCGAGUCGUCCGACACGAUCGACAAUGUCAAGUCCAAGAUCCAGGACAAGGAAGGCAUCCCUCCGGACCAACAGCGCUUGAUCUUCGCCGGCAAGCAGCUUGAGGAUGGCCGCACUUUGAGCGACUACAAUAUCCAAAAGGAAUCCACCCUCCACUUGGUCCUCCGUCUCCGUGGUGGUAUCAUCGAACCCUCCCUCAAGGCCCUGGCGUCCAAAUACAACUGCGAGAAGAUGAUCUGCCGAAAGUGCUACGCCCGUCUGCCGCCGCGAGCCACCAACUGCCGCAAGAAGAAGUGCGGCCACUCGAACCAGCUCCGACCAAAGAAGAAGAUCAAGUAAACGAAACGCUUACGCUGCGCGUCGGUCGGGGGUGUUUUGUUGUGUGGUUGUGUGUUGCAUCUGCAAAGGGAGGGGAGUGGGCGGCGUGGGAAAAAAGAGCAGAAGACUACUGGCCCCCAGGGAACCGUCAACCUUUUUUUCCCCCUCUUUUUAAACGGCGAAGCAAACUCGGCAGAAGUGUCCAGCAGCUUUGUGGUGGGAUAGAGAGGGAGAGACACAAUCGAAAACCUCAGUACUUUCGACAAAAUUGCAUUCCCGCGGUGAUUCCAAUGGGCAGUGUUUUUAGCUGCUUAGGCUAGAUCAAAGUCUACUGUUUUUUUUUUAUGACACUGCAUGUUCCGACUUUCAAGUUGUUUUGUCCAUUUCAUUUCGUUUGGACAGCCUCGAUUGCUACUGCGCCUAUUUUCUCCACCUUGCCGUGGCUCCCCAUUGAUAUUAGUAUCCCUGAGGAUCAAAUAACGGAGCAACUUAACUGCCAUGUUAUGAAGAGAUCCAUGCACAUGAUGCACGCAAUACUAAAUGUCUGUUACAAAGGACGCUGCUUAAAGUCUUGCCUGGUAUUUUCUGUACUCUGCUAGUGGAAACCGCGUGACACCAUGGGCACUUCAAUGGGUGACGGUGACAUGAACAGAUACAAAUGCUCCAGGCCAUCCCAAGAGCCACGAAACAAACCCCGCCGACCGAUCUUUUUAAGAUCAUUCAAGACAUGCCCUCGCAUCACAACUCGAUUAGCCAGCUGCUUUUUUGUUGGUUCUUGUUACAUGCUCAU